AUGACUCUUUUCUCCAUUUUGUGUCUCUCCGUGACACUAUUCCUAUGUCAGUCCUUGGUUCGUGCCGUUAACAAUGGCUAUUACGGGUAUAACCCGGUGGCCAGCUACCUACCCGAUAAACCACAAAAAAUCAUGAAUUCGGUGGACUCGUGUUGGCGGCUCAAGUCUGACUGGACCGCCAAUCGCAAAGAUUUAGCAGAUUGUGCGGUUGGAUUUGGAUCAUCUGCCUUGGGUGGCAAGAAAGGUGAUAUAUAUGUUGUCACAAACCCUAACGAUAAUGCUGAGAACCCUCAACCGGGUUCUCUCCGAUACGGUGUGAUCCAAGACAAGCCGCUGUGGAUCACUUUCGCUAAGGAUAUGGUCUUAACCUUGGAGAAUGAGCUCAUGGUUAAUAGCUACAAGACCAUAGAUGGGCGAGGAGCAAAAGUGGAAAUUGCGUACGGACCUUGCAUUACGAUACAAGGAGUGACGAACGUAAUCGUGCAUGGGAUCAGUAUCCACGACUGCAAACCGGGGAAGUACGGAAUGGUGAGGAGUAGCACGACACACGUAGGUCACCGCGAGGGUUCGGACGGUGAUGCGAUCGCGAUUUCCGGUUCAUCGAAUAUUUGGAUCGACCAUUGUUACCUAGCGAGUUGUACGGACGGCCUCAUCGAUGUGAUCCAUGCUUCCACGGGAGUCACCAUUUCCAACAACUAUUUUACUCAGCAUGAUAAAGUGAUAUUGCUUGGACACAACGAUGAUUUCGUGCAAGAUGUAAAAAUGAAAGUGACCGUGGCAUUCAAUCAUUUUGGACCAGGACUUGUGCAGAGAAUGCCAAGGGUACGACGAGGGUAUGCUCAUGUGGCAAACAAUAGAUACGAUAAAUGGAUAAUGUAUGCAAUUGGUGGUAGCGCCGAUCCAACCAUUUUCAGUGAAGGCAACUAUUUCAUUGCUUCUGAUAAUUCUAACAGCAAAGAGGUACUACUGUGUGACAAAGAGAGAAGUGAAAGGAGGGUGGAACAAUUGGAGAUGAAAACUUCAAAAGACGUUUUUAAGAACGGAGCUUACUUCGUUCCUUCUGGUUACGGCAGCGUUGCGCUUCCGUAUAGUUCUGCUCAAGGAUUCCAAGUCGCUCCAGGGAACUUGGUUCCUUCUCUAACUGCCGACGCUGGCCCUCUAAACUGCUACCUCAAUCGCCCCUGUUAUUAA